AUGGAUAUCGACAAACCACCGUUAUCAAGCCCCGGUCAGUCCACCCCCGCCGAAGACCGACGCAAAUCUGGUCGGAUGACGCGACGACCGGAGGUGUUUUCGCAAAGCCAACACUCCGAAGAAAUUGCUGGAGGGAAACGCAAGCGAGGCGAGGCACGCGAUGACGAGGAUGGCGACGAAGAAGACGCGUCUGAGUCUGAGAGCGAUGCCGGUGACGAUGAAGCCGACGAGGAGGAGUUCAGAGAGAAGCGACGUGCUGCACGUGGCACUGGUGCUAAGAAAUCCUCAAAGUCAAAGCCAAAGUCCAAGUCGCAUGCAUCUAAGAAGCCCAAGGUCGCCAGCAAGGGAUUGGGUAGACUCGCUUUUCGUCCUGCUGCCAAUGGCCGACUUCCGACUGCUCGACCCCGGAAACCUAAGGUUCGACCUAGUCUUGCGGCGGGCGAACGUGGACUAUUUGCGGAGGUUUUCGGAAAGAGCAGCAACCCCGACACAGUCGCCGCCCAGUGGUUGUCACAAUAUCAACGCAAUAAUGGCCAGGCUAUGCGAGACCUAGUCAACUUUAUCCUGCGAUGCGCCGGAACUGACCUCGAGGUCUCCACUGAUGAAGCUGUAGAUGUCGAUAAUGCCGUUGGUCGAAUUGAAGAUCUCCAGGCCCUGUACCAAGCUGAGGGCAUCACCGAAUAUCCUCUAAUUUCCAAGUCGAAAAAGUUCCGCGCUUUCCAGCCUCUCCUCGAAGAUUUCAUGGUUGCUUUAAUCAAAACCUUCCAUGCCUCGUCCAUCCUAUACACCGAUGAUGCUGUGCUCGAAAACAUCCAAAUCUGGGUCUCUACUAUGUCGACCUCCAAGUGCCGCCCCUUUAGACAUACAGCCACGAUUAUCUCCCUCGAUAUCAUGAACGCCCUGUGUGAUAUUGCCCGCGAGGUCACGACCAGUGUGACAACCUCCCGCAAACAAUUUGAGAGUGAAAAGAAGAAGAAAAACGUCAACAAGGGGCGCGCGGAGGCGAUCCAAACAGCUAUCACAGAGGGUGAACAGAAGGUCGAGCAACUUGACGAAUUCCUACAAGAUUGGUUUGAUACUAUCUUUGUACACCGCUACCGAGAUAUUGAUGGUCAGAUCCGAGCCGAAUGUCUGACAGCUCUAGGUGGAUGGAUUCGCGCAUACCGGGAAGUCUUCUUCGAAGGCCAGUAUCUACGGUAUCUGGGGUGGACGCUUGCCGAUAUUAUGCCGCAGACCAGACUUGUUGUUCUGUCUGAGCUGAUCGUUUUAUACGGGAACCGAGACAACAUUGCUGGUCUGCACUCAUUCACUGAGCGUUUCCGUCAACGCAUUGUGGAGAUUGCCGUUCAGGAUGCCGAUCCUUCUGUGCGCGCGGCUGCCGUUGAACUGCUCACCCAUCUCCGCGAAGGAGGUCUCCUUGAACCAGAUGACAUCGAUGCCAUUGGUCGACUGGUGUUCGACCUGGAACCCCGUAUUCGGAAAAUAGCAGGCCGCUUCUUUGUGUCCAAUGCCGAGGACGCCUUCGAGUCGAUCACUGAGGAGGUUGGAGAAGAGCUUAAUGAGCUGCUAGCUGAUGACGACGAGGAUGACUACGAGUCGCCUAAGCGUUCAUGGAUCAAGUUCAAAUGCCUGACCGAUCUGUUCCAGUCUUACGACGCACAGCACGCUGAACAGCAACCGCAGCCAUCCUCUCGUGACAGACUAUUGGGAGUUCCCGUGGAGUCACGCUUUGCUCUGGCUACCGAAGCUGUCUACGCUCAUAUGGAAGAGCUUGGUCAAUGGCCCUCGCUGGCUGGGUAUCUGCUCUACGAUCACUCUCAGAUCACAGACGAGCCGUCCGAAGAUGACACUGCAGGCGUUGUGAAGAAUCUGUACAAGAUGGAAGAAGGACAAGAAGCCAUUCUUCUUGAGGUUCUCUGUGCCGCAGUCAAGCUCAAGGUUCUAGAUGUUGCCAAAUCCGACAUUGACAAGCGUGGUCGCAAGGUCAAGGCUCUGACACAAAAGAUUCCCGAGCUUCAAGAAGAAGUCUCCCACAACCUUGCACAGAUCAUCCCACGUCUCCUCAACAAAUUCGGAUCAUCACCCGAAUCAGCUUCUGCUGUCCUGCGCCUGGAGCACCUCGUGGACCUGGAUACAAUCCAGGAUCUCCAGAAGGAUGCCACUGCUUAUUCUUCCCUGCUCAAUGAUAUUAACAAGCAAUUCUUGACCCACUCUGAUCAAGACGUUCUGGCUGAGGCUAGUGUUGCUUUCUUGCAUGCAAAGAGCUCCGAUGAGAUGAAGGAAGCGCUGGAGAGCAAGGUCCAAGAGUUGUGGGAUGACAUGGUCGAGACACUAGGCGCUCUAUCACGGAAGAAGGACGUGCAAGAAGGUGGCUCGAUAUCUGAUCCUACUCUCACUGACCUGACCAACACCGUUACCCGCAUCUCCAAUCUCGCUGGUAUCACAGACUGCACCGCAAUUCUCGAAACCGUGCCCAACUCCCGCUCAAAGUCCAAGAAGGACCAUCCCGAAGCUCCCUUCAACACCCUUAUCCGCCUCGCCGAGCGCGGCCUCCGCAUGGAAGAUGACGACGAAGACAUCGCCAUGACUGAGACUGAGCUAGUGACAAGCAGCAUCCGCACACUGCUAUUUUAUUUCAUGUGGAAGGUGCAGGCACUGUCCACAGCUCUCAACGAAGGAAAAGCCACAUUCACAACCUCCUACUUCGAAGCCCUCACAAAAAGCCGCGAAGCCUUCACCGACACCCUAGUCAACAUCAUGAACUCCCGCACAGGCCUCGAUAACCUCCGCGUAAUAGCAGCAACAACCUACCUCGACCUCCAAACCCUCUUCAGCACCCUCCGCAAUCUAGGCACCGGCAGCACAAACGACGAAGAGACAGUCUUCCAGACCCAAAGCCUAAUUCACGAAAUCGGCCCAGACACCCAAGCCCUCCUCUCCAAAAUCCACAACAGCGCCGAAAGAACCUGGGCGAAGAAAUCAGGUCUGGACCUCGACCCUGCAGACGACGACGAGCCAGCCUCAGAAGACGAACCCGAAGACGAAGACGAAGCCAGUGAUGAAGAAGACGAAGCCGUCCUCAACGAACGCCUCCGCUCUAGCAUCUUUGCUGAGCAGCGUCUCUGCGAAAUCACAGGCAAACUCGUGCUGGCCAUUAUCGCCCGUGUCAUCGAUGCAUCUGGCGCGAAGCGUGGCGCGUUGAAAAAACGCCUACUUCGGAAUAAGACCGCUCUUGGUCAAAAUUAUCGCGAGGUCUUGUCUUAUCUUGAAGAGAAGAAGCCUAGAGCUGCGCCUUCUAGAGGGAAGGGCAAGCAAGCUGCUAAAUCUGCUGCUGCUGCUGCCCCUUCUACUCCUGCCAAGGAGAGUAAGUCUGCGGAACAUGUCAAUGAUGAGGAAGAGGAACAUGUUGAUAGUGUUGAGGAAGAUGGAGAUGAAGAUUUGCGGACACGCGGUCUGGUCGAGGGGGACAUUGAUCGUGAGAAUGGAGACGGGGAUGGAGAAGAGGACGAGGGGUCAAAUUCUGCGCCCGAGGAUGAGGAUGAGGUGAUGGGUGAUUGA